AUGGAACAUCAAGGUUGGAAUUUUGAGGAGAAUUAUAAUUUGUCCACUAAUAGAAGAUCGAUAAGGCCAGAAGAUGAACUAGUGGAAUUGUUAUGGCGAGAUGGGCAAGUGGUUUUGCAGAGCCAAACAUAUAGAGAGCAAAACCAAACUCAAACUCAGAAACAAGAUCAUCAUCGUCAAGAAACCCUAAGAUCCAACACUUUUCUUAAAGAUCAAGAAACCGUUUCUUGGAUCCAAUACCCUCCAGAUGAAAACCCAUUCGAAACCGACGAUUUCUCCUCUCAUUUCUUCUCAACCGUCGAUCCGAGCUCAGAGACGACGGUUAAGCCUAAAUCCGGUCCUUAUCCUCCCCAAGUCAUGCCACCUCCUAAGCUUAGGCCAACGGAUUCAUCAUCAUCAUCAGGAGUCAGAGAGCUAGGGAAGGAAGAGUACUCGGUAAAGACCGUUGGGCCGAGCCACUGCGUGAGCAACCAAUCGCAGAACGACCUCACUGUGGAAGGAAAAGAUGUCUCAAUGAGUCAUGAUCAAAGCAAAACUAUCGAAGAAAAGGUUUACCAGAACGCAACUUCCUCAUCAGGUGGCUCCUCUGGUUGUAUCUUUGGCAAGAACAUGAAAGAAAUGGCUAAUGAAAGAAACAUCACGACAGACCGUAAGAGAAAACAUAUAAUGGACACUGAUGAAUCUGUGUCUCAUUCAGAUGCUAAUGGUAACAAAUCGAAUCAAAGAUCAGGAUCAACGCGAAGAAGUCGAGCAGCAGAAGUUCAUAAUCUCUCCGAAAGGAGGAGAAGAGAUAGGAUUAAUGAGAGAAUGAAGGCUUUGCAAGAACUAAUACCUCAUUGCAGUAAAACUGAUAAAGCUUCCAUUUUGGACGAAGCUAUAGACUAUUUGAAGUCACUUCAGUUACAGCUACAAGUUAUGUGGAUGGGAAGUGGAAUGGCGGCGACAGCAGCGGCGGCUCCGAUGAUGUUCACCGGAGUACAGCCUCCGCCGUUUAUCCGUCAGAUGCAGAGUCCGGUACAGUUGCCACGAUUUCCGGUUAUGGAUCGGUCUGCGAUUCAGAACAACCCUGGUUUACUUUGUCAGAACCCGGUACAAAAUCAGGUCUUCUCUGGCCGGUUUGCUAGAUACAUCGGCGGAUUCCCACACAUGCAUCCGGCGUCUCAGUGUUUACCUUUUUAA